GGGCGCCCUUGCGCCUCCUCUUCGUCCUUGAGCGCCGCCUCACUUCCAUCGGGGAGGGGAGGGGGGCCUUCGGCGGCGCUCUCGCAGGGACCGGGUUCUGCCGCCGCGGCACCAUGAUGGCGCUCCGUGGGGCUCGGGCUUUCCCCCGUGCCUCUCUCCUGCUCCGGACGCUGGGCUGGCAGGCGACCGGCCCCAGCGGCGCCCGUGCCGCUUCAGGUCAUGAUCAACUGCCUGGACCAUACCCAAAGACAUUAGAAGAAAGGGCAGCUGCAGCAAAAAAGUAUAACUUAACGCUGGAGGAUUAUGAGCCAUAUCCAGAUGAUGGCAUGGGAUAUGGCGACUAUCCCAAAUUGCCUAAUAAAUCACAGCACGAGAGGAGUCCUUACUAUGAUUGGGAUCAUAGUGAUCUGAGGCGCAAUUAUGGACAGCCAAUGCACUGGGAUUUUGAUAUGUAUGUCAUAACGCGGGUUGAUACAAGCCCCACAAUGUGGCCCUGGUAUAAAAUGCGAAGAUUCCUCAUUGCUUUUUUCACUCUGAUGGCUGUCCUGAUUGCUCUUGGUGAGACUUUUCCAUCCUACCGACCUGUGGCACCAAAACAAUACCCUUACGAUCAUAAGGACCUGAGCAGCGGUGAGGAACCCAAGAGAGUGAAGCACUAUGAGAUCUAAGUGUGUGGAACGGCAGCUUCUGUUCAUCUCUUUUGGUCGGGUUUCUCUGCAGAACAAGCAGCAUCACACAUUAACUCUUAUUGCUUUAAAUAUCCUGAUGCGAAGAACUGGGGAGAGCACCAGCCAUGAGGGCCUUGACUGUCAUAUUUUCUAAUACGUUUGGGUGUGUUGGAUAGUGGGCUGUGUGAAGUUACUAUCAAAAGAUAAAUAAACAUAACUGUUCAGAAAAAUGUG